CCGCGCGCGUACGCAGGCCUGAAGACCCUCUCCCGGACCCCGGCCAUCAUCAGCCUGGUGGUCUUGCUGCUGAGCAUCGUGGUGCUCGUGACGCUCACUCUCGUCCAGACCCGACACUCCCAGGUCAUCCCUCCAGGGCUGAAGUACGGGGUUGUGCUGGAUGCGGGGUCGUCGCGAACCACAGUCUACGUGUACCAGUGGCCGGCGGAGAAGGAGAACAACACGGGGGUGGUCAGCCAGACCUUCGAGUGCAGCGUGCGAGGUCCCGGGAUCUCCAGCUACGGGGACCACCCCCAGGACGCCCCCAUGGCCUUCGAGGACUGCAUGGAGAGGGUCCAGCAGCAGGUCCCAGCCCCCCUGCAUGGGUCCACGCGCGUCUACCUCGGGGCCACGGCAGGGAUGCGCUUGCUCAGGUUGCAGAACGAAACGGCGGCUGAUGAAGUCCUGGCCAGCAUCCAGAGCUACUUCGAGUCCCAGCCCUUCGAUUUCCGGGGCGCUCAGAUCAUUUCCGGGCAAGAGGAAGGGGUGUACGGAUGGAUCACAGCCAACUACAUUAAGGGCAACUUCCUGGAGAAGGACCUGUGGCACAUGUGGGUGCACCCGCACGGGGUGGGCACCACCGGCGCCCUGGACCUGGGCGGAGCCUCCACGCAGAUCACCUUCAUGGCGGAGGCUGCAGGGGCCCUGAACACCAGCGACGUGGUGCAGGUGUCUCUGUACGGCUAUACGUACACGCUCUACACGCACAGCUUCCAGUGCUACGGCCGAAACGAGGCUGAGAAGAGGUUCCUGGCAUUGCUCCUGCAGAAUUCUUCUGCUGACACCCAGGUCACCAACCCCUGCUACCCUCGGGGUUACCGUGUCACCGUCCCUAUGGGCCAGGUGUUCAACAGCCUGUGCACCGCCCAGCAGAGGCCAGCCAGCUACAAUCCCCUCCGCAGUGUCAUUUUUGAAGGGACAGGGGACCCAUGGCUGUGCUGGGAGAAGGUGGCCUCCAUAUUUGACUUCAGGGCCUGUCAUGGCCAGGAAGACUGCUCCUUCGACGGGGUCUACCAGCCGAAGGUCCAAGGGCCAUUCGUGGCCUUCGCCGGCUUCUACUACACAGCCAGAGCACUCAACCUCUCGGGGAGCUUCUCCCUGGCCACCUUCAACGCCAGCACCUGGAGCUUCUGCUCCCAGAACUGGGCUGAGCUCCCUCUCCUGCUCCCCAAGUUCGAUGAGGUGUACGCCCGGUCCUACUGCUUCUCGGCGAACUACAUCUACCACCUGCUGGUGCAGGGAUACAAAUUCACCCAGGAGACUUGGCCCCAAAUCCAUUUUGAAAAAGAAGUGGGCAACAGCAGCAUAGGCUGGUCACUCGGAUACAUGCUCAGCCUCACCAACCAGAUCCCGGCCGCCAGCACUCUGGUCCGCCUGUCCAUCCCACCGCCCACCUUCAUGGGCCUCCUCGCCCUCUUCGUGGCCACCGCCUUGCUGAGCCUGGCCAUCCUGUCCUUCCUGUGCUCUUCGGCCAGGACAGAGAAGCGCUCCGAGCACGCCCUCGAGCACACCGUGGACACCGACUGAGUUGGAGCUGGGCCGCACAGGGCCACCCCCAGGACGCAGUGCCUUCCCCCUGAGCACCGCUCCUCUGAGACCCCUGCCAGCCUGGGAGGGCACGGCGCACCCUUCGCCCUGCGCCCGCAUCCCCCUCCCCGAAGGGGAUGUUGGAAAUAUGACGGCUUGUGGGGACCCAGGGCCACUUUCCAUUCCCUCUGGUGUCAGAUGCCUGUAGCUGAACCGUGACCAUCCAGCGGUGCUCUCGAGGCUCCUCCGGGACCUGCCCAGACUCUGCCGUGGGGUAGGGACGCAGCAUGGGCUGGGAGCGGGGGCCGCGCCCUUCAUCCAGCAGGACCUGAGGCAGAGACCGCUGUACCAGAAGCUGUCCUGGGCUGGCGGCUCCCACGCGCCUCCCCUUUGUCUCAGCCGGCCGGCCCAGGCACACGUGCGGCCCCCACCACGCUGGCCCCCAGGAUUUGCUUACCGGUCACCUCCCAGGUCCAAAGCCACCCUACAGAGCGGCCUGGGACUCCAGGGAGAGGAAAGCAAGCUGCGGGGACGCUGGCCGCCGGCGUGGACGAGAGGGGACUGGUACGGCAGGGGCCGCGGCAGGGCUCAAAAGCAGCGUUUUCGCAUUGCUGCUGGGCAGCGCAUCCUGAAUAAAGAAGCCCAUUCUGACUUGCA